UAUUAUUAUCCAAUGAAAAUGGUCAACAACACAUGUUUAGUCUUUAUAGCUUUAUCUAUCUUGGCUAUUAUCUUCACAGUUUCAUCUGAAUCCCUGGAUCAAGAUCAAAUGGAUCUUCCAGUCCUGCAGAAACGACCGUUCUGCAAUGCAUUCACUGGCUGUGGUAGGAAGAGGAACAGCCUCAGGAGUGAAAACUCUGUCGACAUCUUUGGGAACAGGAGGAGCAGUCAAAACAAAAUCUACGCUCUUAUUCAACAAAAGUUGGCCGAGGUUGAAGCACUGCGAGGAGCUCUGGAUGAGAAAAGGAAAUGAAGCUAUUCGUAAAGUCGACCUCUCAUUAUCGUCCGUAUGUCUGUAGAUGAAGCUGUUUUCUCAGUUUUCUUUACAUUAUCACUGAUUUCAUAAUUAAAACACACCUACUGUAAUAAAUUCUUGUUCGAUCAUUAGAUCAUUUAAAUGCAUGUUCUGUAAUGUACCCGGAUGGUGAAAUAAAUUAUGAUAAGCUGUAAUAAACUGCUGUGAAUAAAGUAUGUAGCUUUUUGUUUGUAAA